GCCUCCGCCUCCAGCUCCGCCCGGGCGCUGGGAGCGGCGGCAACUUCCCCUCAAGUCCGCCCGGCGGCGGGGGGAUGAUGCGACCCGUCUGAGCGCGGCCCGAGAGGGGCGGGCGCGCCGAGGACAGGCAGCGCCGGCAGCAGCGGCAGCCCCGCCGCCGUGGUCAGAGCAGCCCGGCAGCCGCCCGCCUCAGCCCCCUGCCCUCCCCCGGCCGGGGCGGGAGCCGCCGCGGCCGUCCCAUGUCCCGCAAGGCCAGCGACAAUGUGGAGUACACGCUGCGGAGCCUGAGCAACCUGAUGGGCGAGAAGCGGCGGCGGCAGGCGGACGGGUCCGCCGGCUCGGGCGCGGCGGCGGCGGCGGGCGAGCGGAGCCUCAUCGCCGCCGAGUCCUGCUCCAGCCUCAACAGCGCGGCGUCGGGCGGCGAGCUGGAGCGGGCGGCGCGGCGGCAGUUCCAGCAGGACGAGACCCCCGGCUUCGUCUACGUGGUGUCGGUCUUCUCCGCCCUGGGGGGCUUCCUCUUCGGCUACGACACCGGCGUGGUGUCGGGGGCGCUGCUCCUCCUCAAGAGGGAGCUCAACCUGGACGCGCUGUGGCAGGAGCUGCUCGUCUCCGGCACGGUGGGCGCCGCCGCCCUGUCCGCCCUGGCCGGCGGCGUUCUGAACGGGCUGUGCGGCCGCCGGCCCUGCAUCCUGCUGGCCAGCGGCCUCUUCACGGCGGGGGCCGGCGUGCUGGCUGCCGCCCGCGACAAGGAGACGCUGCUGGCGGGACGCGUGGUGGUGGGGCUGGGCAUCGGUGUAGCAUCUAUGACUGUGCCGGUGUACAUCGCAGAAGUUGCUCCACCGCACCUAAGAGGCAGAUUAGUCACCAUUAACACUCUAUUCAUCACUGGAGGGCAGUUUUUUGCAAGUGUCGUCGAUGGACUCUUCAGCUACCUCGCGAAGGAUGGGUGGAGGUACAUGCUGGGCCUGUCGGCUAUUCCAGCGGUUAUACAGUUUCUUGGAUUCCUGUUUCUUCCUGAAAGUCCCCGCUGGCUCAUUCAGAAAGGCCAGACUCAGAGAGCACGGAGAAUUCUGUCUCAAAUGCGUGGCAACCAGGCAAUCGAUGAGGAGUACGACAGUAUCAAAAACAACAUUGAAGAAGAAGAAAAAGAAGUCGGAGCAGCUGGACCUGUGAUCUGCAGAAUGCUAACAUACCCUCCAACUCGAAGAGCCUUAAUUGUGGGUUGUGGUCUGCAGAUGUUUCAACAACUGUCAGGGAUUAACACCGUCAUGUACUACAGUGCUACCAUUCUGCAGAUGUCAGGAGUGGAAGAUGACAGGCUUGCAAUCUGGCUGGCUGCACUGACAGCAUUUAUAAACUUCAUUUUUACUCUUGUGGGAGUCUGGCUUGUUGAAAGAAUGGGUCGCCGGAAACUUACACUUGGUAGCUUAACAGGUACUGCUGUAGCACUCAUUAUCCUAGCUUCGGGAUUUUUGCUAUCAGCUCAGGUCUCGCCAAGAAUCACACUUAAUCCACCAGAUCCUUCACAUCAAAACUCUACCUGCACAAAAUACAGUUAUUGUAAUGGAUGUAUGUUAGAUCCAGACUGUGGUCUCUGCUACAAAUUGAAUAAAUCAAGCGUUGUUGAGUCCUCAUGCAUUCCUGUUGAUAAAGAUUCUACAAUGAAAGCAGCUUGGGGCAGGUGUUCAAAUGAAACAGUGUUCAAAAAGGAAGAUUUGUUUUGGGCAUAUAAUUUCUGCCCCACUCCAUACUCUUGGACAGCACUUCUGGGCCUUAUUUUGUACUUGAUUUUCUUUGCACCUGGGAUGGGUCCUAUGCCCUGGACUGUCAAUUCUGAAAUUUAUCCACUUUGGGCUAGAAGUACAGGAAACGCAUGUUCUUCUGGAGUCAACUGGGUUUUCAAUGUGCUCGUGUCACUGACAUUUCUGCAUACAGCUGAAUAUCUGACAUACUAUGGAGCCUUCUUCCUCUAUGCAGGGUUUGCUGCCUUGGGACUAAUCUUCAUCUACGGCUGCCUUCCUGAGACUAAAGGGAAAAAACUAGAGGAAAUUGAAUCUUUGUUUGAAAACAGGCUAUGUACAUGUGGUAUGUCAGAUUCUGAUGAAGGGAGGUAUAUCGAGUAUAUUCGGGUGAAGGGAAGUAAUUACCAUCUUUCUGACAAUGAUGCUUCUGAUGUGGAAUAAUUUUCAGCUGCUGAUGUAUUUAAUCAUUUAAAAGCCUUCUGGGGGGGAAAGCAGCUCUCUGAUGACCUCACUGCCCUGCUUCUGGUCUGGUUCUCCUUUCUACUGUGCAGUUAAAAAUGCCUUCAUGUUCAAAAAUGCUCCAUUUGGAGGAAAUUCAAUAUGCUAGUGUUUUCUUGAUAACUAAAAGCAAUGGCUUCCAAAAGAGGUUGAAUUUCACAGUUAUGUGACUUUACCAAGUGUGCACAACGCUGCGCCGUCCCCAGGUAUUUAGUAGGGUACACUGUACCAGAUGAAUACAGAAGGCUAUCCUAGAUGGUCAGGGGCUGUCCUUAUCUUUAGUCCUGACAAGAUAAAGUAAUUGAGUAGCUAAUCAGAAAGCAGCUGACAGCUGUCAGAUCCCCAUCCCAUUGCAGCCUAGGACAUAGCUCUGCUGUGCAGUACAACGAAGGAUGAAUGCAUAAGUUGCUGUAACAGUAACCAUUUCAAAAGGUUGACCAAUUGGGAAAAUACAAAUAUCUGUUAUAUCCAUCAGAGGCAACAUUUCCCAAAUUUACCCUAAGUGAAUUUCCGUUGUUAUUUAUUUGAGGUAACAAGCAGACAGCCAUAUUCACCUGGAUGGAGGUUCAGUAGGCUGGCAUGUGUCCGUGCUACACUGGGCUAUCGACCCACUGCUGCUCUUGAGUACACACUAUGGUCAGGAGUUUGUGUUUGUGAGAGAAACCGCCAAAAUUAACUACUGACAGCAGGAAAUCAGAGCUCAGUAUGUGGCCACACGUACAAAUGAACUGGUAUAUAUUACUAGGUACAACACAGAGGCAUCAGUUAGAAAAAAAUUAUGUUUGUUUUCCUUUUUUGCAUUUGAACAUACUGGCUUGUACCUAGUUUUGAACAUAAAAUAUUGUUAGCUAAAGGAAAGAGAAGGAGGGGAGAGGGUUUGUGCUGCUAAAUGCACAGUGGUCAUCCCUCCCGCGCCUUCUGCUUGUGAAUAAAUAUUGCCUUCAGUUUAUCUCCAUAUGUGCAGAGCAGAUGACUCCCAGCACACUUUUCCUUCAGAUGUCCUUAGUCAACCGGUGUCUUGCUAGAUCUAAAGAGAAAUAUUAGCAAUGGGCAGAAGCCUAUAUCUCAUAUUAAUUGCCUUACCAAAGCAUUGCAAACUUGUCAAGAAAAUGUCAGGCACAAAAAUCAACUUGGCUGCUUUUAGCAUGGUAAUGAAAAUCUGAAUGGUGUUUUAUUUGCCUGCCAUGAUUGCUUACCUUGGCAAAUUGAAUUUUAUGCAGCUACAUAAAAAUAUUAUGUUAUUUUUUUCCUUGUCCUGUCCUCCUUGCUUUAAGUUAUCAAAGAUAUGAGUUUGAAAGCAUCAACAAUUCAAAUUCUUAUCUUUGAAACAUUUGCUUUAUGAAAGAACGUGGAAAAAAUUCCUCUGCCUGUGGGCUGCCGCCCAUUUAUUUGGUAAAAAUACAUUUAUUUUUCCUUGUGUAAAGACUAAAGAAGUCAUUGGGUUCAUUAGCUUUUAUAGAUUUGAUUUGUGGGGUUUUCUUGGGUUGAAAAAUAUUUUUAAUGUAGGAUUACUAUCAAGACCAAGCCUGGACAUUUGUUACUAAAUUAUUUUUAUUGGAUAACAUGGAUUUUUGUUGUUGUAAAGAAGUCUGACUUUAUGUUAUCUAAUCUUCUGUGGGGGAGUUCCUACUCUACAGUUAUUGACCUUCAGGGAUUGGGUGUAUUUUGUUUUGUUUUCUUUUUUACUUCGUUAAUCAAAGAAAUAUUUUUUGAAAGAAAACAUUUUAAAGCAUCCUUCUGUGACUUGCCUGGGACUAAAAGAGGAAAACAGUGGACAAAGGGAAUUUCAAACGAAUCAUUGCAAAGAGCAACUCGACCUUGAACGUCUCCUGUGUGGUGAGAGGGCUGGAUUCUCACACCUUCCAUCUUGCCUCCCUUUUAAGCGCACAAUAUUUUUAUGCUUCAAAGCACCAGCUGUUGAAAAUGCUCAGAUCUCCAGACCUGUCCAUUGAACAUGCUCAGGUCCUCAGACCUAUCUGCAAUUGCCCCUGCAGCGGGAUGGCUCCGUUAGGCUGUCACCUCUCUGAAACCUUCGCUGAAGGUGCAGCACCUGAAAAGAGAAAAAGGGAUCCUUGGCACAGACAAGAACAAAAUCAUUUUAAAGACAAAUUAGUUUCUUUCUGAAGCCAAAAAAAUAUGUGUUUGAAGACCCUUAUUCGGGGCAGUUUCGUUACCUAGAACAGUGUGUGAAUAGGUGUAUAACAGCCAACCUGUGCUUAGGUGGUUGAUAGGUUUAAGUGGGUAUUUAAGUGGGUAUUUAUUUACUGGCUUUUGAGGAUAGGGACUUACAGUUCUGAUCCCCUCACAAGCACGAGGCCAUGCUCACUUUACACCUGUGAACAUUGCCUUGCUUGAUGUGUUUUGCUGGAGCAGGUGCGAGGCAGGACCCGGCGUCCCUGUGGUGGCCCCGAGUCAGUGCUGCCCUCGCACUUGUGCCCACAGGGAGAGGAAACCGCUGCAGUUACUGGGCAUAGCUAAAGCAAAGUCACUGGAAAGAUUGCAGUCACAAGGUCAGGCUGUUCUGUUUUGCAGGCAGUGCUGCGGCUUUUUAGCAGCAGAAGACCGUCUCUCUCUGCCAGCUUUGUUUCAUGGACGUUUUCAGAAGUGGCGCUCAGUCGCACACAGCACUGGGCUCACUUUCUCACUCAAGUUUGAUCUUACUGAAAACAGUUUUCUGCAGGUUUGUAUCCCAUGCCCUUUUUCAUGAGGCAUAACAAUUGAAACGUGCAAAAUAUAUUGCCUUCUUCAUUGUCUUUCCCCCUUUCGUGCCCACAGAGAGCUGGGUUUAAGUCUUCCUUUUAGGGUUGCUUUACACCAAGACAGCAUUCCAUACUUCAGAAACACUGAGCCUAGUACCAAGCAUCAUGUGUAAUAAAAAUGAAAUCAGACACUUCUAAUUAGUCUUACACAGUUAGGGUUUUAUUUUUAGAAUCUGUGAACAUUUACAGUUUAUUAAGAAAAUUAGAUAAAUGUUUCUAUUUUGCAGAUUUUUUAUAUUUAUGCAUAUUUUAAGUUUUAAGAGAUUUUUGCUAAAGGUAGACUUAGUAACAUUCCAGAUAAAAGAAUAAAAAUACAAUGUAACUGAAUAAUUUCUUAUUAUAAGAUUUUAAUUUAUGAAGUAGCAUAAAUAAUAUGUCUAAGCACAAAAUUCUUUUAUUGAAAGCUUUCUGCAGAAGAUGUGAAAUUGUUUCUUCAUAAGGACUGCACACAGUUCAGGUAUUCAGGUGCAUCAGGAGUGCUAGAAUGAUACUGCUGGUAGAGUUGGGCAUAUUGAUUAUACACAACGAUUUGAGAUAUUUUAAUUCUGAUUAAUCUACCAACUCUACGUGUGAGCUAACAAGUAUAAAAGAAACAAGUCCUGAUGCAUUUUUAAUAUUUUUAAAUUUAAGUCACAUAUAGUAGUUGGUUCAUCACAUGGAAAUUAAAAAUUGUGGGGGGGUGAGGUAAUUUGCCACUUGUUUCUUCCCCUUGGCACUUCAUUGAUCAAAAUAAUCUUUUAACAAGAGAACCAAACCUGUUUUGGAAAUAGAUGUAGAGUCAGAGCAAGGCCCAGGACUUGUUUGGAGGGCUGAAGUUGCAUUGCUGUGCAGGCACCUUGGAUAGGUCGCUCUCGUAGGCGUUGCUACCUUGUGAGUUGCAGUGACAACCCUGGCGGAAAUUGUCCCGGAAAUCCUGGGAAAAGAAAGAGUACAUCACGAGGACCAUUGUUCCAAUGCCAACUGGUUUCUGCGUGAAUUGAUAAAUGCAACAUUUCACUCAUGUAGGAGUUAGGGUUGGGAGGGGAGAAGAAAGAAAUGAUGCAUGAAAAGCCCCACGAAGUCUUAUUUCAGUAGAUGGGUGUGACGUAGCCAACAGGAGCAGUCAUUUGUCGUGGUUUAUCCAUGUGGGAUAAGGAUGGUGAGGCCAAGGGACUGUGCUUGGUCCUGUGGAUAGGAUCGGUCAGGCUGUCAGGCUAAGGGGGAAGAAGCACACAAGUGCUCCUCUCCCGUACCUACAUGGAGGUGAGGACAUGGCAAUGGAAUUGGCAAAGCUGAUACUUGGUGAAAUCUCCUCUGCCUCUUUAGUCACUCAGGCUGAGCACUGGGGAGAAGUUUUGAACUUCAGAGGCUGCUACAGGCCCUGAGCAAAGGUAUUCCUUAGGCCAUGGGGGUAUUCGCUGCAGUCCCACAGACAGUGAGUGGGCUAAUAAAAGAUAGACCCUGCACUUCUCAGCUUUAUACCCAGCUUUCUACUUCUCAACAUCAGUGCUCUUCUAACAUGGUCUUCUUGAAAUUUUGCUUGUACUUGCAGAAGAGGCUUUGUUAGCUGAACAUCACUACUGCAAAGAGGCAGAGUUUUCACAGGAUAGAGAGAUCUCGGGGUAGAAAUCCAGGUAGAAGAGACAGUUUUUCAGAGCACUUUAAAGAGUAAGAUAUGUGUGCACUUUUUUCUGAGAGAGUCAAGCUAACCAAACCCAUUCCUCUGCAUUGGGAAGAAAAUCAAGCUUUGUGUACCAGGCCAGAAGCAGAUAAUGCCACAAUAUGUGCUUUAUGGCAAAAUGUGUUUUUAUUGCGGGUAACAUUUACAGCUUACAUGUAGCUGCUGCCUAUAAAGUGACUCAGUUGUUCUCUGGAUUUUAACAAGUCAUAUUUUUGUGCAAAAAUCUUAGUGGUUUUCUAUUGAUCUUCAUCACCUUGUGUACAGCACAGUUAAGCAUAAUCCACAAGUGGUCUAGAUUGUGGCAGUGUUGCAAAUGUCAGCACAGUAAAACUCUAGGUGAACAUUGUUAAAGAAAUAUUGUUGUUUGUGAUAUGGGGUUUAAAACUCCUCAAAGGCAACUAUAUAUAGAUUUUAAAAGUCUGAAAAAAAAAAUGGCAGUUCUUAUCUAUUUUGUGUAUGUUUUCAUAUAGAGAAGGAGUUUUUUAUGUGCCAAUAACCAUCACUGUAGUGUUUUGUAAAUGGGUGUUAAUAGUGUUGCAGAGUUCUGUAUAUGAGAAUAUACUUUAGCCACAAUGACCUGUUAGUGUGAACCAGCGGCAUGUUUUUAAUCUUACUCACACCUCUCAUCAGAGGUGCUCAUUCACUGGCUUUAGUAGAGCUCACUCAUGCCAGGGGAAGUUUGACGAGCGUCAGGCCUCAAGAAUACAGACUUCAUCUAAAUCCCCACUUUUUCACAUUGUCCCUAGACAGUAUGUUACAUGUGAAUGAUCUGGCACAUGUAAUUUUAAAGUUUCAACUCUGGUUCCUUGAUUUUGUAGAGAAACGUUUUGUCAAAAUUUGGUUUGACCUUUCAUUGCAUUUGUAUAAAUAAGGAGCGCGCUGAUUAAGUAUGAAUAUUGUCCACCUAUUUCUAAAGGAACCAUCUGUUUCUGAAGUGUUCAAAUAAAGGCAAAUUUCUCUUGCUGCCUUAAACAUUGCACAGACUUUUGGGAGGACUGAAUGUAUGACCAUCAUCGUGACUUCUGCAGGAGAAACUUCAUGGAUCCCCAGCAGGUUUGAAACGAGAUGGUUUCAUGGUGCUGAGAUGCUGCGUUACACUGCAGGCCCUGCCUAGUGCACUCCUGCCAUCUGUUUGAGUAGUCCCCGUGAAAUUGAUAGGAUUAUUCACAUGCUUGAUAUUCUCCAUGUGCUCAGUGUCCUGCUGGUCCGGGACAUCGCUGGGAAGUGGCACGAGUCAUGUCCCUGCUUUCCGUUGUGAAUCUCACUCCUCUACAAAAUGGUUAACCGGAUCUUUUUGUGACAAAUGCCAUGUAGAAUAUUUGAGACAUUAUUGGAGACUAAACUGACAGUAGUAAUUCCAUGCUGAAUAAUAACAUGCACAUGGUGCCAUCAGGCACACUGUAAUCCCUGGGCACGUGUUACGGUAUUCAGUACAAAACAGGUUUUGGCAAAACUAAUUGCUGAGUUGUCCAAGUCAUUUCUUAACCAUGUCAAACGUGUGCCAUUUCCAUUUCCAACCAGUCAAGCCUAUAAUGUAUGAAAGUGUUGUACAUUUUCUGAAACUUAAGUGAUGUAAAAUUAUUUAAUUGACUUCUGUUCUGAUUGCUUUAAUGAAAAUAAAUAUCUUCAAAGAAUUGUCAGUGCCAGAAGUGUAAAUGAACAAAAUAAAAGGUGAGAUACUUAAUUACAGAA